UCAGAUUGUCCAACGAGAGUUCUAACUUUUUCGUAACUCGUGAAUAUUUCUUCAUAUUUUUAGUGAUUUAUGAAUAUAACGGCAGAGAUAGUAAUUAAAAGAGAUGUUUAGUGUAGGCAGUGUACCCCCACAGCAACUUUUGCUGCCUGCUUCACAACUUGUCUCAAUCCUAAACACUGUGAGGAACUUGUCAGUACCAAAGAAACAACACAAGAAAGAUACAACCAGAACACUAGAAAAUGAGGAGAUAAGCAAUGAGAGAAUUCACAAAGCUCUUGGACUGGAGGGACUGCCACGAGACCUAAAGCUUGAAGACUACUGUCCCAUCAGAGCCAUCAUACACAGUGUUGCACCAAACACCUCACCAAAUAGGAGCCAUUCUCAUGUCUCUGCUAAUACUUUCUUUGAAAACACAAAUGGUUUCCCUGUAGAAGAUCUGUAUGUUAAUCCAGUAGCUCCGUCUUGGCUGACAUCUCAACUUCUUCAAAGGCAUACACCACCUGCUGUUCUAGUCCAGAAACGUCAUUUCCAGCAGAGAAAAAAGCGUGGAAUGGGUCAAGAAGAAGAAGACAACUCAUUCUCAUUCAAACUCGGAUCUGUAUUUGACAAAUUGAAUGACAAUAGAAACAAAAAACAAAACUUCAAGACGAUGUUGUCUCAGUAUCAAGACAAGCCAGACAUCCAAGGGAAGCUAGAACAGGCAUUUGGUAAAGGUUACGCUGCAGCUGAGAGUGAGCUAGGGGGCAAGGGUGUCACUACUGCCAAACAAGGGUCAGCAUUUGCAGGUACAGUGAGAAAGUUCCUCUGGUAUGCUUUGGCCCUAUGGCUCAUCUACAAUGCCCUGCAGUUGUUCAGCAUGGCAGGAACAAAUAUGAGGGGACUGAACAUCCUACAACAGGAGAAGUAUGAGAUCAACCCUGAAGAAAUCAAUGUCUCCUUCAAUGAUGUGAAAGGGGUAGAUGAAGCCAAAUCAGAGCUACAAGACAUAGUUGAAUAUCUGAAAGACCCAGAGAGAUUUAAAACAUUAGGAGCUAAACUACCCAAAGGUGUUUUGUUGGUAGGGCAGCCAGGUAUUGGAAAAACUCUCCUUGCAAGAGCUGUAGCAGGGGAAGCUGGGGUUCCAUUUUUCCAAUGCUCUGGCUCAGAGUUUGAUGAAAUGUUUGUCGGCACUGGAGCAAAAAGAGUCAGACAACUGUUUGGUUCAGCUAAAUUGCGAGCUCCUUGUGUGAUAUUCAUAGAUGAGAUCGACACUCUGGGUGCUAAACGUACAAGCUCACAGAUCCAUCCCUAUGCAAAUCAAACCAUUAACCAGCUGCUUGCAGAGAUGGAUGGGUUCCAGCAGAAUGAAGGUGUCAUAGUGCUGGGUGCUACAAAUAGAAGGGACAAUCUAGACAAAGCUCUUUUGAGACCAGGAAGGUUUGAUGUAGAGGUGAGGAUAUUCUCCCCUGACUUGAAGGGCAGAAAAGACAUAAUAGAACUCUAUCUCAAGAAGGUCACGGCAGAUUCAACUUGCGAUUGUGAGAGGUUGGCACGGGGCACUACUGGCUUCACAGGGGCAGACAUAGAGAACAUGGUGAAUCAGGCAGCCCUGAAGGCAGCUAAAGAUGGCAGUCUGGCUGUGUCUAUGGCAGACUUGGAGUGGGCAAGGGACAAGGUACUAAUGGGGCCUGCAAAGAAGAACAGAAUUCCUGAUGAGGAGACUAACUGGAUGACAGCAUACCAUGAAGCUGGUCAUGUCCUUGUAGCCCACUACACCAAGAAUUCAACACCCCUACAUAAAGUCACCAUCAUACCCAGAGGAAUGUCACUCGGCCAUACUGCCUACAUCCCUGAAAAAGAACAAUACAACCAUAGCAGGACACAGCUGAUGGCCCAGAUGGACACUGCUAUGGGAGGUAGAGUGGCUGAAGAACUCAUAUAUGGAGCUGAUAAAGUCACAACAGGAGCAUCCAGUGAUUUCCAGAGUGCCACGGGUAUAGCCACCGCCAUGGUGAGACGGUUUGGCAUGUCAGAUAAGGUUGGUGUUCGGGUGUUCAGUGAUGAUGAUGGUGCAGAUGGGGGAUUGACCAUGGUGAAAGUGAAUGAUGUCAGCCCUGCAACUCAAGAACUUAUAGAUAGUGAAAUAAAAAGACUGCUUCAGGAGUCAUACGAGAGGGCAAAAGCAAUAUUAAAAGCACACUCUGUGGAACAUAAACUCUUAGCUCAAGCUCUAAUGAAAUAUGAGACACUAGAUGUUGAUGAAGUUAAAACUAUAGUAGAGGGAAGAAAAUUGAUCAAGCAACCCUUGUGAGGAUCACCUGGGUCUAACUAAUUCAACAAAUUGAGAAUAUAUCUUGCAGUGGAGAGACAAUGUUAAGACCAUGGGGGAACUGAGAUGUCUCGGGGUCUCGGGGACAAAAACUCAAAUCAGGACUUUUGCUUUAAGUCAAAUUAAUCAAAAGUAGUAUAAAGAGUGAAAUGAAAAAUAUCAUGUUAUUCUGAUGUGAUUUAAUUGAAAACUCAUGUACAUAACUUUAGAUUUAGCAUCUAAAUUAUUUAUUUUAAGUUGCAGAAAACAGCAAGAGUUCUGUUGAUUUUAGUGCUAUAGGUCAUCAUGAAUGGUGUUCUGUUUUUCACAUCAUCUGCUUCUAUAAAGAGGACUACUCAAAUUGGAAUCAUUGUAAAUUUACAUACUGACAAGAAUGCAAGAUUUUUAAGUGUUACUGCAUUUUAAUUUUUGCAUAUUAAAUAUUCAAGGUAGAGUUAUGUUGAUUGUGAUAUAAGGGAGAGGGGAAAGGAAAUUGGUUUAUGACCAGUAGAUCUGAAAUGCUUUAAAGGAGACACCCCGUGAAGAAUGAUUAAUGUUAUAGAAAAAAUUCAAAAGAGAACAGUGAUAAUGAUAAAUAUAUAUUCUGCAUGAGUCUCAGUGGAACAUAUUCAAAAUAUAGUGAAUAAAAAAGAAUGUUUAUUUUAUACAUCGUUAUAUCAACUGGGAAAUGACUGCCAUAUUAGAAAAGGUAAUAUGUUUUCUCUUA